GCCUUGGCAGUUUUCUUUCCCCGAAUAGCAUAACUCUUAUUUCUUUCUAUAAACAAAACCCUAAUAUCAGCUACGUGUGGAAUCUUCCAUGGCAGAUGGCUUGAUCUACGACAUAAAACUAUCCUCCGUUGGGCCGGGAAACGCGGUCGAGCCUGACAUGGUUCACGAGCCGAGUGGCAUGGACUUGGCAAUGAAGCUUCACUACUUGAAAGGAAUCUACUAUUUUGGCAAGCAGGCUUUUGAGGGCUUGACCACCUACAAGAUAAAGGAGCCCUUGUUCAUAUUGCUAAACUCUUUCCCAGUUAUCUGUGGACGGUUUCGUAGAGACGAGUCAGGCCGGCCUUACAUCAAAUACAGUGACUGUGGUGUGAAAUUCAUUGAAGCGAAGUGUGAGAAAACAAUGGACGAAUGGUUGGAGAAGACCAAGGAGAACGCCUCCCUUGAGAAGUAUCUGACUCCAAACCAGAUCAUUGGUCCCGAAAUAUCAUUUUCUCCGACCGUUACAGUUCACUAAAUUCAAAUGUGGAGGAAUGUCUAUGGGCCUGAGCUGGGCCCAUGUUCUUGGAGAUGCAUUCUCAGCUGCAGAAUUCUUGAACCUGUUGGGAAAAGUGGUAGCAGGUGAAAAGCCCAACAGGCCCAUUAACUUGGCUCAUUUGAAAACGAACUCCACAAAUCCUGAAAGCCCAUUAACGAAUACGGAAGAUCCACUUUCCGUCAAACGGGUGGGCCCGGUUGGAGACAUUUGGAUACCUGUCAAUAACUGUAAAAUGGAAGCAUUUUCCUUUAGUGUUAAUGCCACACAAUUGAGCCAUUUGCAGUCAAAAAUAAGUAACAAUGGCACAGAUUUUUCUCCAUUUGAAGCUCUUUCUGCUGUCAUUUGGCAAUGCAUAGGCAAAAUUCGACCUGAAUCUGAACCUAAAGUUGUGACAAUAUGCAAGAUGAUGGAACAAAACAGGGCAGAUGGGAAUAAUCUACUUAUAAGUGUUGUUAAAGCUGCUUAUCCCAUUGUGGAAGCCAACCCUAGUGAGCUAGCGGCAUUGAUGAAAAAUGCAGCAAUUGAUAAAAUAGAAAAGAUCGAAAAUGCAAUCGAGAAAGACAACGGAGUAUCUGAUUUCAUUGUUUAUGGCGGGAAUUUAACUUUCGCGAAUCUUGAAGAAGCAAAGUUUUAUGAAAUUGAUUACCGCGGAGAGAAGCCAAUUUAUGUUAGUUAUCGAGUUGAUGGUGUUGGUGAUGAAGGAGCUGUCUUGGUGCUCCCGGGGCCACCGAAGAAUGGAGGAAGGACUGUUAUGGCAAUUUUGCCAGAGAAUGAGGCGACUGAGCUUAAAUCAGAGCUGAAAAAGUGGUUUAUGGAUUAAAAGGAAAAAAGUGUUUUUAAUUACUCCAUUAGCUUUUGAAUGUGGGGAUGUGAGUGUGGUUUUACAUGUAUUUUUCUUUAAAGCAGUGGCAUAUUUUGGCUCAUUUGUAAAAUAUGAAUAAAUUGAACUAUGAGUCUUUGUUCUUCUGAA